AUGUCUGACAAGGUCGCUAGAACGCUCACCAAUCCAUCGAAUCGUGCAAAGCCCAAAGAUGACAAUGACCGGAGGAUUGUGUAUCGGAGUGUCCUCGAAAAUCCAUUUCGGAUUCAAUGGUGGCCUUCCGUUCCUGUGAAUUUGCAGAACUCCAUCUUGGCCCGCGUGAUAGACAUGGCCGAAGGAGUAUCUGAAUAUCAUCUCUCCCGAGAGAAAAUGAGCCGUAAGAGAAAGCGGUCUCAGAAAGGUUCGAAUAGCCGGCGGUCUAAAAGGCGAUCUCAUACCGAUCCGGCUUUCCCGCCGGCACCGAGGACCGAGCCUGACGACGAGACAUCUGGGAACAGUAUUCUACCCCAGCCUGUCAUUCGGCACCACCUGACCACUGGUAUCAACGAGGUGACCAAACUAUUGGAAAGGGUGGCCCAGUCAUACCGACAAACAAUCACCGCCCUCGACACUCUUGUUCCCGAGUCUCGCUCGGAUACAGGUUCCAUCUUGAUCCUAGUCUGUCGAGGGGAUGUCGACCCGCCCAUCCUCAUUGACCAUUUACCCCACCUCGUAGCAGCUUGCAAUUCCAGUCGUUCGGACCCACUGGACAACGGGAUCUGGCUUGUUCCUUUGCAGAAGGGCGCAGAGUCUUCCUUGGCAGAUGCCUUGGGCCUGAGGCGGGUGUCGGUGCUGGCCGUUCAUGUGAAUGCUCCCCGAUUUCGGGAAUUGACUCCCCUUCUAGGGAGCGUACAGUUGUUGCGGGCCUCGUGGUUGACUCCGCGCCAAGGGCAGCACGAACGGUUAGUGCCAACACAUGUCAAACAAUUACGGACGACUGCCCCCAAGGAUAUGAAGGGAGCGAAGGAGCAACGUGCGCGAAACCGAGCAGCUGCACGGGAAAGGAAGAAGGAAAAGAAGCAGAAGGUAGCGCAGAAAACUGUAAUAUCCUCUGCAGCCCCUCUAUGUCCCACAUAG